AUGCUGAUCACUAUGAAAUCCAACCCCCAUGCCAUGUCUGUGCAAGCAGUUCCUGCCAUCCUCCCACUGCUGUCUAUUCUUCUGGACCUCAGAUUUCAUAGCCCCAUUUCAGCAAACACAUCUGAAAGUGACAAUGAUGAAGUUGAUGGCAACAAUAUAUGUGGUUUCAGAAGGAAAAAGGGAAUCAAAGGUCCUACAAAGUAUGUUCCUCCUUUAGAAAAUGAGAAGAUGGAGCUGUCCCACACCUCAAAAAUCCCAGAUCCUUGUCCUCUUAAAGGAACCACUGGUUGCUCAGAGCUGCCAUCAGAGCAGUCUCUCCAAAACCCCACUGCCUUUCCUGCAGCACAAAAGGACGGAGGAGGUCACGACAAUUCCAAUUCUGGCAGCGAUGGUAAAGAAGACAGGUGUGGAGAAACACGACAAACCCAGGAAAAUGCUGAUACUGGGAAAAGAAUACUGGGAAAAAUGCAUGAGGAAACAGAUACAGCAGCUCAGAUGAAGCUGCCCACAGGUGUGCAGGCUGUGAGGAGUGCAGAGAAAGGUGGCUGCACGGAGGCAGCGUGGAGGGAGAAGCACAGUGAGCAGGCAGGGGGGAAGCCAGAAGAACGGGGUGGGAUGGAAGAAAACAUUGUCAAGUUUCAUGUGACAAAGAUGGGCUCCCUGGGAAGUGCUACAUCCAUGCCAGGGAGCCAAACUGGCGAGUCCUUCAAGGGGGCAUCUGGCAUUUCUAAACGAAGUCUACAAGAGUUGAAAAACCUGCUGAGUGAAGGUCAUCUGCCUUCUCAUGCGCCCAAUUUCUGUGUUAAGGCAGGCAGCACUUUUGCUCAGAAAAAUCUGAAACCCUGGGAGAAAGCAACUGACAAGCAGGGCCGGCCCUUUGAGACUUUUAGUCCCCAUUUUGGAGACAAAAAGCAAAAAUAUCUCAGCUUCCCCAAGGAGGGAGUGGGGCAGCAGAGCAAAACUGUCCUGGUCCUCAGCUCUGCCGGCUCUGAUCAGCAGCAACCAGUGCGAAGCGAUGUGGAUCACCUUAUUCUGGGACUUCCAGCAGCUCCUGUACCUGCAAACAGCACAGCUCCUGAGGUACAGUUUGACUCCUCCACAGGCCUCGACGCAUUCAACAGAGACCCUGACGUAAACGGCCUCGGAAACCCAACUCUCCUUUACCUGUUCUCUCAUAUUGAAUUCAUUAAGCAGCAGAUGGCCAGGGACAAUGUGCAGUUUGUCAGAUUUGAAUCAAUCGACCUCCAUGGUGUGUCAAGAUCAAAGAAUGUUCCUUCUCGAUUUUUUCAAGAGAAAGCAAUUCAUGGUAUUGCCAUGCCCAGAAGUUACCUUGAACUGACGCUGAAUCCUAAAGAUAAUGAAUUAGAUUACAUAAAUGCAACCAAUUUCAAUUGUGACAUAAUACUGAACCCUGAUUUAUCAACAUUUCGAAUACUACCCUGGACUGAGCAGACUGCAAGAGUGAUAUGUGACUCCUUCACCGUGCUGGGCACCCCACUAAUGACCUCCCCAAGGCACAUUGCCAAGAAACAGCUGAGCCAGCUUCAGGACAGUGGCUUUUCUUUGCACUCUGCAUUCACUUAUGAAUUCUGUAUUUAUGGCAUUACCGAGGUUGUAAAUUCAAAGACAAUAUCCUUUCCUGCAGCCACGAUACUAAAUAACCAUGACCAGACUUUCAUUCAGGAGCUCAUUGAAGGAAUGUAUUAUGCUGGUGCCAACAUUGAAAGCUUUUCUUCUUCCAGUGGGCCUGGGCAAAUGGAGAUCACUUUUCAUCCAGCGUUUGGCCUAGAUGCAGCUGACAGUGCCUUCACAUUUAGAACAGGCCUUAAAGAGGUGGCUAAGAAGUACAAUUACGUGGCUAGCUUUUUCUCAGAAUCAGGAUUCUACAAUUCAGGGGCUCUAUCACACAGCCUGUGGGAUCUGAAUGGCCAGAAGAAUUUGUUUUCUGCCGGUUAUGGAGUGGAGGAGCUCUCAGAGGUUGGGAAAAACUGGUUGUCAGGUCUCUUGGCACACACGGCAGCUAUCAGCUGCUUGAUGGCUCCUACCACCAGCUGCCGCAAGUCGUAUUCUAAAUACAGCAAAGAAUCAAAAGAGACUGUAAAUGCAAAAUGGGCAUAUAAUGAUAACAGCUGUGCCUUUAAUGUCAAAUGUCAUGGUGGAAAAGGCACUUACAUAGAGAAUAAAUUAAGUUCUGCUGCAGCAAACCCGUACCUGGUCCUUGCUGCUACUAUUGCUGCAGGUCUAGAUGGAGUAAAGAGAGGACUCAGGUAUGAUGAUAUGCUUGAAGAGGAAAAUCACACUGGUGAUCUGAAACACUCAUCUAUCCCUCUGAAACUAGAAGAUGCUCUGGUUGCACUUGAGAAAGAUUCGUGCAUUAAGGAAGCAUUAGGCGAAAGUUUUAUCCGAUAUUUUGUUGCCAUGAAACAUUAUGAGUUAGAAACCGAAGAAAUGGAUAGUGAAAGGAAUAAAUGCCUAGGAUAUUUUAUUUAG